GAUCCACACAAGUUCCUCGCCUCCGAGCAGUUCCCAGUACGAAGUGAGUGCCGAAGAGCCCCGGGGAAGACUUGAGUGAUAUCCUUACAAGGAGAAAACAAAAGCCGAUUCUACUUGCCAACUACCUGCAAGAAGAGGACCGACGAACUUAAACUGAGCUGUCAAGUACUAUUGCCCUCGCGUCUAAUUAUUUAGCGAGCAAAAUUCUUGAGAGUAGAGAGUAACGCCGAUACUUCGGCGUGAGCAUUCACACUUGGCGCCCAACUUCAAGAUUUGGACCUAUAUUUGAUAUAUACAUUAACGUUAACAACAAAAGAAGCAAAUAUGGACUGCAACAAACAAUCUACUUCGUGUAAUACAAACAACGAAAUUGUUAUCUCUGGUAUUGCUGGACGAUUUCCUAAUUCUGAUAAUAUGAAACAACUUCAGGAUAAUCUUUUCAAUGAAAUCGAUCUUGCUUCGAACGAUCAUCAAAGAUGGAACACUGCUGAGUUUGACAUGCCCUCUAGACUCGGCAAGAUGAAUAACAUAGAGAAGUUUGAUGCACAAUAUUUCGACAUUUCUAUGACUGAAGCUCAAGCAUUAGAUCCUAUGGCUAGAAUGUUACUGGAACACACUUAUGAAGCAAUUAUUGAUGCUGGACUUAAUCCUGAAGAGUUAGAUGGAACAAACACUGGAGUAUUUGUAGGAGCUUGUUUUUCUUUGACAUUUAAUGAACUUAUGUAUAAUAAACCUCAGGUAGCUGAACAUGUACAUUCAUCUGCCAAACUUUUCUUGGCAAACAAGAUUUCUUCUUGGUUAAAUGUCUCUGGACCAUCAUACGUUGUAGAUACAGCCUGCAGUUCAAGUCUUUUCGCUUUAGCUCAUGCGUACACAAGAAUGAAAAACGAAGAAUGUGAUGCGGCCAUUGUAGCUGGUGUUAACCUGUGCUUACAUCCUUAUAUAACGUAUCAAUUCUUUAGUCUUGGAGUAUUGUCCGCUGAUGGUUACUGCAGACCUUUUGAUGAAAAAGCCAGUGGUUACAUGCGGGGCGACACUGUGACAGUGCUGGUUUUGCAGAAAGCAAAAAAUGCAAAACGAAUUUACGCUACAUGUGUUAAUGUUAAAACAAAUUGCGAUGGUUUCAAAGAAGAAGGUAUUACAUAUCCCUCUUUUGAAAUGCAGAAAGCUUUACUAGAGGAGUUUUAUGAGGAAUGCAAAAUUGCACCUUCUGAGAUAUCUUAUAUGGAAGCUCAUGGAACUGGUACUGUAGUAGGCGAUCCAGUAGAAGUUAAAGCUAUUGAUCACGCUUUCUGUAAAAACAGAAAUAGUCCUUUAUUGAUGGGCUCAAUAAAAUCAAAUCUUGGACAUUCUGAGCCUGCUAGCGGUCUCUGUCAAAUAGCAAAAGUACUGAUAGCAAUGGAAACUGGUAAAAUUCCAGCAACUCUGCACUUCAAAUCACNGCGAAAAGAUCUUACUGCUGUUCUUGAAGGUAGAAUUAAAAUUAUUACUGAACUUACACCUUGGAAUGGCGGGUACGCAGGUGUAAAUUCUUUUGGAUUUGGUGGCGCAAACUGUCAUGUAUUAUUAAAAUCAAAUCCGAAAAAUAAGAUNAAAAAACUAGACGACUUACCUAGACUUGUAAUUGUGUCUGGUCGUACUGAAGAAGCUGUUAAAACGAUUCUGGAUGAUGUGCAUAAUCGGCCGGUAGAUACAGAAUAUAUUGCUCUUUUACACAGCACUUAUAAUAAAAAUAUAGAACGUCACCCGUAUAGAGGAUAUACUAUAGUUGGAUUAACAGAAGAUCAUAGGUCAAUUAAUAAGCUAGAAUGUUAUUUAAAUAUAAGUAAACAAAUUUGUUUUCUAUUUCCCGGAACAGACGUCAUAUGGAGUAAUAUAGGCAAAGAAUUANUGAAACUACCAAUAAUUGUCAAAACAAUUCAGAAAUGUGAUGAAGCACUAAAACCAUAUGGUAUAUGUGUCACAGACAUUUUAUUAAAUAAAAAGGAAACUACUUGCAAUGACAGUAUAAAAUCAUUCGUGGCAAUCAUUAGUAUUCAGAUUGCAAUGGUAGAUCUUUUACUACAUAUUGGAAUUGUGCCCGAUUAUGUACUUGGUCAGUCGAUUGGUGAACUUUUGUGCGGAUAUGUGGAUGAACUUUUUACUGUUGANGAAACAAUUUUAAUGGCGUAUUAUAUGAGUGUUGCGUUUGAUAAAAUAAAAGUAGAACAGUGUGAUUAUAUUUCUGCUGCUUCUAAUCAGUAUUCAGAAUCUACUAGAUUAAAUCUACUAGAAUAUCUGAAUCACAUAGCACCAUAUAAAUCUAUGAAAAAUUUUAAGUAUAGUAAGAAAUGGUUAAACAAGUUUUUGCCUCACAANAAAAUAUACAACUCAUUUACGCAGNUAUCUGCUGCAGAAUAUUAUGCACACAGUGCAGUAUAUUCGUCACUUGAAGAAAUUUUACCUAUGAUUCCGAAAAAUGUGGUAGUUAUUGAAAUAAUAUCAUAUAAUAAGUGGCAAUUUUUUAUGAAAAACUGUUUAGAUUCAAACUAUAUUUCAUUAUCUCAACACGGUCAACAAAAUAAUAUAGAUAGCAUUUUGAAAGGAAUUGGCAAUCUUUAUACUAUCGGAUGUCAACCGCAAGUUGCAAACUUAUAUCCGCCAAUACAAUUUCCAGUCAGUCGUGGAACACCAAUGAUAUCUCCUCUAAUAAAAUGGGAUCACUCUGAAAAUUGUUACGUUGCAAACUUUCUAAAUAAGAAAAAACCUAACAUUAGAGAAACAAUUCAAGAGAUUACACUCAAAGAUUCCAAUUUGAAAUAUAUGUAUGAUCAUGUAAUUGACGGUAGGAUUCUAUUGCCAGCUUCAGGUUAUCUGAUUUUAAUUUGGAAAAUGAUUGGAACAAUGUUAUGCUGUAACUAUAAAAAUAUACCAAUUAUAUUUGAAGAUGUUAACUUUCUUCGUGCUACUUACUUAUCAAAAACGACUACUGUUAAACUGACUCUUUCAAUACAAAAAGGCAGCAAUCAGUUUGAAAUUAGUGAAGAAACUACUGUUGUUGUUACUGGAAAAGUGUGGAUUCCACAUGAUAUUGCAAAUCAUAACUUAUUUAUUCAUAAUUUAAAAGAACCUGAAUAUAACGUUACAAAAUGUAUGAAUACCAAGGAUAUUUACAAAGAAUUACGACUUCGUGGUUAUCACUAUUAUGGUAUAUUUCAAGGCUUGAAAAGUGCAUCAAUUUCAGCAAAAAUGGGAUAUAUUACAUGGUCAGACAAUUGGACAGCAUUUAUUGACAACAUGCUGCAGAUGAAAAUUUUGUUACUAGAUUCAAGAAGUCUUUUCGUACCAACAAGAAUUCGUAAAUUAGUAAUUGAUCCUCAAUUACACAUAAAGCAAAUACAAACUACGGCUGAUGAAAAAGCGAACUUUUCUGUACGCGUUUAUGAUUCUCUGGACGUUAUAAUAUCUGGAGGAAUAGAAAUUUAUGGCGUUAUGGCUACAUAUAUACCUCGACAAGUUACUGAACCUAUUCAUGAUGAAUAUUGUUUUAUUGCUCAUUGUGAUCGUGCUGUCAUGUCUCUAACAGAAAUUAUACAAAUAUCAGCGCAUAUCUCGCUUGAAUGUAAUUCAGUACUACAAACAAAUUUUAUUGAAAUAAUUGAAGAUGUUGACACAGUUACAGAGCAAGAUCUAAUCUCUACAAUCCUUUAUGACAUUUUAAAUAAUUUGCCAAUGAUCGAACCAAAUGUUACAUUAAUUGCUCCAGCUAAUCGUUUCAAAAAUAAUGAAUUAUCUCCAAAUAUCAAGCAGACCGACAAUUUGACAAAAGAUAACAAUUUCCUAAUGAUUAUUGUUUUCAAACUUUUAACAAAAAACAAAAGUGAAUUAAUCAAUACAUUAUUGUCUACAUUAAAGGAAGGUUGCUUUGUGCUGUCAAGAGAAAAUCUCACUGAGUCCUACAAUUAUACAUUAUUACAACAAUAUAAGUUGAAUAUAGUUUUAGAGAAACGUACAGAGAAAGAAGCAUUUGUGCUUUUAAGAAAAACACAAAGCAUUGUACCGCAAGAAGUUAUAUAUAUAAAUAACUUUGACUUUUCGUGGAUUAACAACUUGAAGUCUGUAUUAAACAUGGAUGAUAAAUUAAACGCAUCCACAAGAACAAUAUUAGUUGCGGACGAUUUUGAAUGUGGCAUAUUGGGUUUUAUCAAUUGUUUACGAAAAGAGCUGAACAAAACAGAUGACAAGAUUAGAUGUGUAUUUAUCCAAGAUGAAAAUGCGCCGAAAUUCUCUUUACAAGACUCUCUCUACAUAAACCAAUUACACUUGGACUUGCCUAUUAAUAUUUUACGCCCCAACAAAGUUUGGGGAUCGUAUAGACAUCUUCCGUUACCACAACUAAAACCAAAAUUGGUACAGCAUGGUUAUGUCGCUCAGAGUGUGCGAGGUGAUUUGAGCAAGUUGCGUUGGGUUGAAGGCCCGAUAUCUCCUGAUUACAAACAAGAAAAUCUCGUACGUGUAGUUUACGCAUCACUUAAUUUCAAGGAUAUUGUGAUAGCUACCGGUAGAAUUUCUUUAGAGAUUUUUGGAAACGCAAGAAGUAUCGAUUCUCUCUUAGGAUGUGAAUUUGUCGGGUACAAUGCAGCUGGUAAAAGAAUAAUGGGAAUAUCUACUGUAAGAGGAAUCACGAAUCUUAUUGUGGCUGAUCCACAACUUUCUUGGAUCAUUCCUGACAAAUGGACGUUUGAAGAUGCUGCAACUGUCCCAAUUGCAUAUUGUACGAGUUAUUAUGCUUUGUACACACGUGGAAACUUAAAGAAAGGAGAUAAAAUUCUUAUACAUUCCGGCACUGGUGCCGUUGGGCAAUCUGCAAUUUAUCUCGCGCUUUUUGAAGGAUGUGAAGUUUUUACAACUGUAGGAACACCUGAAAAACGAAACUUUAUAAGAGAAAAAUUUCCUUCUAUNCCUGAAGAUCAUAUAGGAAAUUCUCGAGACACCAGCUUCGAACAAAUGAUUAGUCAACAAACAANAGGUCGAGGUGUGGACAUCGUGCUAAAUUCUUUAGCAGAAGACAAACUGCAAGCAUCUAUUCGGUGUUUGGCAAGAGGUGGUCGAUUUUUAGAAAUUGGAAAGUAUGAUUUACUAUCUAACAAUACAAUAAAUUUAAAAAAAUUUUCAAAAGGCAUUAGUUUUUAUGGAGUUAUGUUAGAUAAAAUAUUUAUUAGUACUGAUGCAACCAGAAAAAUAAAUAUUCGUAACUCGAUAAACACUAUGAUUCAGCGUGGAGCGAUCGUACCACUUGUAAGUGAAGUUUUUGAACAACAUGAAGUAGAAACCGCUUUUAAACAUAUGGCAGCUGCAAAACAUAUAGGAAAAGUACUUAUAAAAGUACGUACAGAAGAGGAAGAUGAGGACGCUCCUAUUCUCGCGUAUCCUCAAUAUUUCUGUCAUGAACAUAAAUCUUAUAUUAUUUUGGGUGGAUUAGGCGGUUUUGGCCUGGAAUUAACUGACUGGUUGAUUCUUCGUGGCGCUCGAAAAAUUAUACUCAUUUCACGAAAUGGUAUAAAGAACGGUUAUCAACUGUCAAGAGUAGAGUUAUGGAAAUCGUAUGGAGUAAAUGUGCACAUAAUGACAGGCUUUGACGCAUCUACUCAUGAAAAUUGUGCUUCCAUUUUACGUUUUGCCAACACAUUAGGACCAGUAGAUGCUAUAUUUAAUCUCGCAGUUGUGCUAAAAGAUAAUAUUUUCACGAAUCAAACNCCGGAAACAUUUGAAGAAACAUUUCAGUCGAAAGCUCUAGCUACAAAGCAACUGGACGAUUUGUCUAGAAAAAUGUGUCCUCAUCUGCGACAUUUUGUGGUAUUUUCAUCUGUUUCUUGUGGAAAGGGAAAUCCUGGACAAACUAACUACGGUAUGGCCAAUUCGAUAAUGGAAAGAAUCUGCGAAAAAAGAGCGCAAGAUGGAUUACCUGGCAUGGCUAUUCAAUGGGGUGCGAUAGGUGAUGUCGGUCUUGUCGCUGACAUGCAACAAAACAAUAAAGAACUAGUUAUCAGUGGAACAUUGCAACAACGAAUAUCAUCUUGUUUACAAUCACUAAACACUUUCUUAAUGCAGAAUCGACCGAUUGUAAGCAGUAUGAUUGUAGCUACAAAAUCGAAAGCUUCUGGAGAUAUUCUGCACGUUGUGAUGAACAUUAUGGGAUUAAAAACUCUAAAAGGAGUUGGAGAACAGGUACUCUUGUCUGAACUCGGUAUGGAUUCUAUGAUGAGUUUAGAAAUUAAGCAAACAAUAGAAAGAGAAUUCAGUGUCUUUUUCACAAUCCAACAAAUUCGCAAUCUCACCUUUGCUAAGCUCAAAGAAAUAGCUAAAAAAGAUAUGUACGACCAAAAGAAUAUUGAAAAACAACUUGACACAAAUAACUCGCAACAUAUAAAAGUCUUUAAUCUUUUCCGGUUAAUAUCUGACUUAGAUAUAUUUUCAAACAUUUGUAUAGAGCUCUCUACACAACGAGAAGUAGGUAGAAACCAAGUAUUUCUUUUGCCAGGAAUUGAAGGAUUUGCUAACGUAUACAACUCAAUAGCUUCAAAAAUUAAAGCUCCUGCACUAUGCCUACAACAUAGUUCUAUUAAUCUUCCUGAAUCUGCUCAAUCUGUAGUACACUCAGCCACUGAUCUUCUACCUCAUAUUUUAUCAAAACUAACAGAUUCUACAGAAUUUGUAAUUGGCGCAUAUUCCUAUGGAUCUCUUAUUGCUAUUGAAAUGGUAAAACAAUUAGAAGCUAAAAACUUUCGAGGGCGAUUAGUAUUAAUCGACGGAACUCCCAAGUACUUAAAACUCUUACAGGAAACAUUUUUCCCUUUUACCAAUAAUCAAGAAUUUCAACUUAUUGUGUUAAAACAAAUAAUGGAUGUGUUUAAUAUACCUGUAUCAGAAAUGAUUAUAUCAGAAAUGAGUAAAUAUGUUACCUGGGAAGAAAAAGUAAAUAUUUUAAUCAAAAAUAAGUCUGAAAUAACCAAUACGAUUUCUACUGAUUCUAUUAAAAUAUUUUGUACAACAAUUUACAAACAUUUAAUUGCUAUUCGAGAAUAUGAUAUGUCUUCAUUGGUUUCAAUCCGGUCACCUAUAAUAUUAUUGAAAGCAACAAAUUCAUUACUUCCUUCGGUAGAAGAAGAUUUCGGUCUAAAUAAAAUAAGCAAAAAUGUACAAAUUCACUACGUAGAUAGCGAUCAUAUAUCAAUAAUUAAUACUGAACAGGUUGCAGCUGCUAUUAAUGGACAAAUAAAACAAGAGCAAUAAAUAGUUUAUCGUCGAGAAAAAUAACAAGAGAAUGUAAAAGUAUGAAGUAAUUUGCUGUCAAUUUAGCAAAAACAAACAAUUAUCUGGAAAAGAUAUGCAAAAUUUCUGGAAGAGUGCGCAAUUUCAAAAAAAAUUUAUAUACCAAGUGUCUUAAUAUACAUGAAUCUAAUAAUGACUAUUUAGUGGAAACUAUGACUCUACUAAUCUCAUCAUUAAUGUAACGAUAUCAAAAUUGAUUUAAUUUAACUUUGCGGACUCAAGCAUAUAAAAAAUAGGUAAAUGUUGUAAAAACAGACAAUUGUUUUCAGGAAAUUUUUUGUUUUCUGUAAAUUGACAGCAAAUUAUUAUUAUUGCUUUUUCCUUGCUGUGUUGUUUUGAACACACUACGGGUUGUGAGUUGUGACUAAAAAAUACGGAUUGUGAUUUAAAAAACUAUUUUUUGUAAAUCAAAAUAAAAUGGAUUUUGAAGAGAAAUUUACAUAUAUUGAUUUUCUAAAGAUGCAUCUCAACAUACAUUACUAUUUACAAAAGAAUUACCAAGAAAGUACAAAGAACCAAAUUUUAAAAUUUAUUAAAUUAUUACUUUUAAACAUUAAUGUCUUUGAUAAAGCCAGUAUUUAUUCGAUUCUUAACCCAUUUGCAUCACAGAGAAAAGUCAAAAAUUCGUUCUUAUUACCAAAAUUUUUUUUUACUGUAUUUAAAUUUUAAUGAAAAUGUCUAAGAGCGUAGAAGGAAAAUAAAGUGCGUGAGGGGCCCCACCGCUGGACAGGUCUGGUAUAAAUAAUAUGCGCUUUGGUGAUAAAUGCCUAAGUAAAAUGCGCGCAUAUAUGCGCUUAUGAUGCAAAUGGGUUAAUGAAUAAGUUACCAUAACUAGUGCAAACAAUAGCGUUCGUGGAACAUACCUAGAAAUAACUACAUUUUCUUUUUUCAAGAUUACUAGUGUAGCAUAAUCUUGUAUUUAUACAGCAAAACAAAAGAAGUAUUCAAAGAUAUGUUGUGCACAUCAAAUCAAGACUUUGCUUUAGAUUUCACUCUGCUGUGUAUCAAAGUAAAUAGUGUAGCAACAGGUGCUUUUCAGGUAAUGACACAAGCCGAAACAAAAAUUAGUUUAUUUUUAUUUUUCAAUGAAUAUUGAGAGAACAGAAUGAUUUUUGUGUUGAUUUGUGUCGCUAACUGGAAAGCAUCCACAUGCAAGCAAAGAAACACAGCGAAAGUACAGAAACAAAUAAAAAGUGUAUCGUUACAAAAGAUAUAAUAGAGCUGAUAUUAAACAGAAUCUGCUAUUAUAGUUACUGAUAUCUUUGUGAUGUCUCUUUGUUUCAAACAAUAUGACGUCUUUUGUACCGAUUCAAGUGACCGUCUUAUAGACUGUGAAGAAAAUGUAAUACGGAUUUAAAUUAUAAAGUGAUAUUUGCAAGGCCGAAGCUCAGACUUUAGCAUAAUGGAAAACGCAUAAAAGAAUCGACCAAUCAAAGCAUUCUAGAACAAGAAGUAAAGAAUGAAAAUAAAAGACUGAGUUGAUUGAUUCUUUUAUAUCUUUUGCGUUGUACAUUACGCGAAAGUCUGUGCUUCAACUCAUACCGUCUAUCAUAAUUAUGUAUGACUAUAUCUAAAUCAUAUUUGUUGUACUUUAUAUAUGAUGCACACCGUAUAUAUACUUAAAUAUAUACUGUAAUGACUUAUACGUAAUUACA